AUGUGUCUCCAUCAGAGCAAAACGACUGGAAUUGUGAGGAAAGCCUUCGGGGCAGGUGACACCACACUGGUGUCAGAAUUGGGAAAGUGCCCCACCAGCAAGGAGUUCCGCCACGUGUGGAGAGGAGGACACAGUGCUCAGUCGCUCCGCUGUGGCACCCUGAGGGACUGGCGCUUUCCACCUACCUGCUCCCCAUCUACCAGCUUCCCACCUACCUGCUCCCCACCUAAAUGCUCUCCACCUACCACCUCUCCAUCUACCAGCUUCCCACCCACCAGCUUCCCACCUACCUGCUUUCGACCUACCAGCUCUCCACCUACCAGCUGUCUACCUACCAGCUCCCCACCUACCUGCUCUCCACCUACCAGCUUUCCACCCACCAGCUCCCCACCUACCAGCUCCCCACCUACCAGCACUUCACCCACCAGUUCCCCGCCUACCACCUCUCCACCUACCAACUCCCUACCUACUAGCUCCCCACCUACCAGCUCCCCACCUACCAGCCCUCCACCUACCUGCUCUCCACCUACCAGCUCCCCACCUACCUGCUCUCCACCCACUAGCUUUCCAUCUACCACCUCUCCACCUGCCUGCUCUCCAACCACCAGCUCCCCCUACCAGCACUUAACCUACCAGCUCCCUGCCUACCAGCUCCCCACCUACAAGCACUUCACCCACCCGCUCCCCGUCUACCACCUCUCCACCUGCCAACUGCCCUACCUACCAGCUCCCCACCUACCAGCCCUCCACCUACCUGCUGUCCACCUACCUGCUCCCUACCUACCAGUUCCUCACCUACCUGCCCUCCACCUACCAGCUCCCCACCCACCAGCUUUCCACCUACCCUGCUCUCACCAAUCAGCUCCCCGCCUACUCUGUCUCCGCCCACCAUCUCCCUGUUGA